UUUAUGACGGGGGCUCUCUGAUUGAUCUCUACUUCUUGCGAACGCGAACGUCGAAGCCUCUUCAAGCCCGCAUCGAUAACCAAUUUUCUCUAAACCCUAAUUCCCCUUUUCCUUUUCAUUCUCUCUCAAAAAAAUCGAAACCCUAGCUCUUUCUCUCCCCCCGUCAUCGCCAUGAUCCCCUUAUCUUCAACUCUCCCGAGCCAGAUCCGCUUCCUGCUGCACAGCGCCAGCGAUUCUAACUCCGAUUCGAUCUUUCGCGAGUUGUGCCAGUUUGUUGAUUAUGGAAUUGAAGGAAGUAUUUUGUUGCUCGGAACUUGUUUGGAUCAAUUAAAUUUAAAGGAGCAAGAUGUUACGGGUUCACAGAUGAAGCAUGAGAUUGUGUCCUCCGUUUUUAAGUAUUUACUAGACAAGCCAAACUUUUGUACUGUACUUUGCUUAGCUUUACGAGGUUCAUUGAUGAAUGGAGAGUUUCUGGAAGAACUUUCGAAGACACUAAACCUGUCAAUAGAGCAGAAAAUUGCUGUUGGGCUCGCUUUGUCAGAAUCUGAAGACCUGGACUUCAGAACUAAAGGGCACAAUUUCUGCAUUUCUCAGAUCGAGGACUUGACUGUGAGUUCAAACUUGAUUGUAUCAAAUGAACAUAUUCAAGAUAUUGUUCUGUUCCUCUGUCGGAGUGAGGGUCUUUCGAAGCACGUGGAUUCUUUUACCAAAAUCUUAUCCUUAGUACCGCGUAAUGGCAGCUCUUUGUUUGCACAAGCUCCAGUGCUUGCAGAUGAUAUAUCCUCUAUCAAUUCGUCGAGGCAACUCGAACUAUUCUAUGAGGGAGCGAAUAGUGAUUUCGAGGCUGUUCUAGCAGAGAUAGAGGAGGAGAUGAGUAUGGCUGACAUCUUGAAAGAAUUAGGCUAUGGCUGUACAGUUAAUGCUUCACACUGUAAAGAAAUACUCUCUCUUUUCCUGCCUCUCAACGAAGUUACACUUUCUAAGUUACUUGGCACGAUUGCUCGCUCUCAUGUUGGUCUCAAUGAUGCUCAAAAUAUUCAUUCAUCAUUCUACUCAGCAUUUGGUGGCAGUGCAACUGUUGAUCCAUCAUCAUUAAACACUUGGAAUGUUGAUGUCCUUGUAGAUUCGAUUAAGCAGCUGGCUCCUAAAACAGAUUGGACUUGUGUUAUGGAAAAUCUUGAUCAUGAAGGUUUCAACAUUCCCGACGAAACAUCAUUUUCUCUUCUGAUGUCUAUAUACAAUAAAGCUUGUGAGGCCCCUUUUCCCCUCCAUGCUAUUUGUGGUUCAGUCUGGCAGAAUGCAGAGGGGCAAUUAUCUUUUCUGAGACAUGCUGUGUCUGCACCACCUGAUGUAUUUACAUUUGCACAUUGUUCAAGACACCUGACAUACACAGAUUCAGCUAAUCUUUCUAAUGGAGUUGGUAAUCAGGCAUGGUCCUGCCUAGACCUUUUGGAUGUAUUAUGCCAAUUAGCUGAGAGUGGUCAUGCAAGCUCUGUCCGGUUAAUUAUUGAGCACCCUCUUAAUCAAUUUCCCGAUGUUUUACUUCUUGGAGUUGCUCAGAUUAAUUCUGCCUACAAUCUCCUCCAGUACGAAGUAUCUUCCGCUGUUUUCCCUAUUUUUUUAAAUGAUCCUAUGAAGAACAGCAUUCUCCAUCAUUUAUGGAAAGUUAAUCCUAGCUUGCUCUUGCGAGGAUUUUCAGAUGCUCGAACAGAUCCUAACAGCAUUUUUAGAAUUCUUGACAUUUGUCAGGAACUGAAGAUUUUGUCUCGAGUGUUGGAUUCAGCUCCAUUUCAUGUCAGUCUUAGAUUGGCUGCUGUUGCGUAUAGGAAGGAGCAAGUUCAUCUUGAGAAGUGGGUGAAUGAAAACUUGAAUAUGUACAAAGAUACUUUUUUUGAGGAUUGCCUUGCUUUUUUGGAUGAAAUAUUUUCUGAUGCUGUAAAUGAUGUGCCCCAUAGUUCUCUACAGCAAUCACAUGUUGCUAUCUGGAAGGCAUAUCAAGAAGCUUGCCCUCUAUUCUUCAAGAUUCUUCAAGCCAACUCUGGGCAAAUUGUUUCUCAGAAGCUUAUGGAAGAAUUUAAGAGGCUACGUACCUUGUUCGAUGCAAAAAUUCAAAGUCCCGGGGGAACAAAUUCGUCAACAUCAGAAGGAAGCCAAGAUGAUAUUGAAGCAGAGGCAAAUUCUUAUUUCCAUCAGAUGUUUUCUGGACAGUUGACUGUUGAUGCAAUAGUUGAAAUGCUUGCUCGUUUCAAAGAAUCUUCCGAAAAUAGGGAGCGGUUGAUCUUCGACUGCAUGAUUGCCAAUCUGUUUGAAGAAUAUAGGUUCUUUCCCAAAUAUCCAGAUAGACAACUGAAGUUAGCUGCUAUUCUCUUUGGUACUCUUAUAAAGCAUCAGCUUGUGACUCAUCUUAAUCUGGGUUUUGCUCUGCGUGGUGUUCUUGAUGCAUUGCGCAAAUCUGUUGAUUCAAAGAUGUUUACUUUUGGCAUCAAGGCUUUGGAACAAUUUGUUGACCGCUUAGUAGAGUGGCCACAGUACUGCAAUCAUAUAUUGCAAAUAUCUCAUUUACGUGGCACACAUGUGGAGUUGGUUUCUGUCAUUGAACGAGCACUGGCACGCAUAUCUUCGAGUCAGGCAGAAGCUAAUGGAGGAAACAGUCUCCAUGCUGUUCAGCAGCAAGGCUCUAUAUCAUCAUCUGUAGAAGGCAUAGAGGCAUCAGAAACCUCAUGGCAAUUUGUUAAUUCAAGUUCUGCGCAAUUUGGUCAGCAACUGUCUCCUUUCCAUGAGAAACAUCAAGGUUUUCUUGGUGACCGGCUUAAAAACAAUGCUAUGUCUAUCAACAUCACAAAGCCUCUUCUAGCUCAUGCCACACUGCCUUCUCUAGUUUCUGGACCUAUUGACCUUGUUGCUAACCCAAAGCCAACCCCCUUGCAAGCCCCAGCGUCUCAGCAGUCUACUAAUGUUUCAACUGUUGUAUCAUCAUCUCCUGGUUUUCUGCGUCCUUCUCGUGGUGUCGCACCGGCAGGCAUGCUACGACAGCCUUCUUACAGCACAGGGUUUGGGGCUGCAUUGAAUAUUGAAACGCUUGUUGCAGCUGCUGAAAGAAGGGACACUCCCAUAGAGGCUCCUGCAUCAGAGGUUCAAGACAAGAUAUUAUUCAUGAUCAAUAACAUAUCCAUUGCAAAUACAGAAGCUAAGGCUAAGGAGUUCACAGAGAUUCUUAAAGAGCAGUACUAUUCUUGGUUUGCACAAUAUAUGGUGAUGAAGAGGGCCAGCAUUGAACCAAAUUUCCAUGAGUUAUACUUGAAAUUCUUAGAUAAAGUCAAUUCUAAAGUAUUAAACAUGGAAAUCAUUAAAGCCACUUAUGAGAAUUGCAAGGUGCUUUUGAGAUCGGAACUUAUAAAAUCCAGUUCAGAAGAGCGAUCAUUGCUUAAGAAUCUUGGUAGCUGGCUUGGGAAAUUUACAAUUGGUAGAAAUCAAGCGCUAAGGGCCAGAGAGAUAGAUCCCAAAGCACUGAUAAUAGAGGCAUAUGAAAAGGGAUUAAUGAUUGCAGUGAUUCCAUUUACCUCAAAGAUUUUGGAACCAUCCCAAAGCAGUUUGGCAUAUCGGCCACCUAACCCAUGGACUAUGGGCAUUCUUGGAUUACUCGUUGAGAUAUAUAAUCUGCCGAAUCUUAAAAUGAAUCUGAAAUUUGAUAUUGAGGUCUUAUUUAAAAACCUUGGUGUGGACAUGAAAGACGUUAAGCCGACUUCACUUCUUAAAGAUAGAGUUCGUGAAGUUGAGGGCAAUCCGGAUUUUUCAACCAAGGAUAUUAAUGUAUCCCAAGCUCCGAUUGUCACUGAAAUUAACUCAACUAUAAUUCCUGCUAUGAAUCAAGUAGAUCUGCAAUCUGAAACUAAUAGUACAAGUCAUCCAAAUGUCAUGACCCAGUAUUCUUCUCCUUUACAUCCUGUGCCGAUUACCAUGGUGGAGGAUGAGAAAGUUGGUCCAUUGAUUAUACCUGAACGCGUUCCAUCUGCUCAAGGAUUGACCCAAGUUGCGGCAUCCCAAACACCAUUUUCUCUUAGUCAGCUUUUGCCAAUUAUUCCUAAUCCUGAAUCUUAUAUUAAAAUCAACUCUAAGCUUAGUUCAUUGGGCACACCACAAGUUCACAGAAUUAUGCAAAUGGCUAUGGAUAAGGCAGUAACAGAGAUAAUAGCUCCUAUCAUCCAACGCAGUGUUACUAUAGCAAGCCGAACAACUAAAGAACUUGUAUUAAAGGACUACGCAAUGGAGUCAGAUGAAAAUGCUGUAUCUCGUGCAGCUCACUUGAUGGUUGCCACUUUAGCUGGGAGUUUAGCUCAUGUCACUUGCAAGGAAUCUCUUCGAGUCGCUCUGUCAACUCACCUCCGGAGUUUACUGCAGGCCAACGUUAAUAGCGAGUAUAUGGAUCAUAUUAUUCAGAUUCUUAUAACUGAUAAUCUUGAUCUUGGAUGUGCGGUGAUUGAAAAUGUUGCCUCUGAUAAGGCUGUAGAGUUAAUUGAUGGGGAGAUUGGCCCUUCAUUUGCUUCUUUAAGGAAACAGAGAGAGGCAGCUGGCUCAGCUUAUUAUGAUGCUGCUGUGCAAGGGUUAUUUGCUCGUGUUCCUGAAGCACUUCGCCCUAAACCUGGCCGUUUGUCUGUCGGACAACAACGGGUUUAUGAUGAUUUUAUCAGAAACAUAUGGCAAAAUCAGUCUAGCCAGAGUUCAAGUGUGGUUCCUACUGGUCCACCCGGCCUUGCCGGUGUGUCGGUUAAUUCUUCUCUCACUCGUGUCUUUGGUUCCAAUUCUAACCAGGUGAACUCCAUUAUCUAUUCAAGCUCACAAGUAUCUCCAGGGUUCAGUUCGGCACAAACAUUAGAUCUGAUGCAGGAAGAGGGUGAUCAUGGUUCUGCUCCACAUAGUAUCUCCUCAAUGCAUGAGGCAAGUGAUGAGCUUAUUCAGCCAGCUGCAGAAAUCAGUUCUCCAGCAUCAUCAUUUCCUCCUAAUGUUGCAUCCUCCGAAUUACAUAUUGAUGAAGCGUCCACACUGACCAAAGACCUAGGAGCAGUUAUUCCGCCAUCUCCAAUGACUCAAGCGACAGAAAGCACGGGCACUGUGUUAUCUGAAACAUUAUUGACAACAGGAGAUGCACUUGAUAAGUAUCAACAGUUGGCCCUAAAGCUUGAGACGUUGAUUCUUAAAGAUGCCAGAGGUGCAGAAGUUCAGGGAAUUAUUGCUGAGGUGCCUGAUAUCAUAGUGAGAUGUGUAAGCAGAGAUGAGGCAGGGUUGGCGGUGGCUCAGAAGGUUUUCAAGAGCUUAUAUGAAAAUGCAUCAAAUAGUAUUCUUGUUGCUGCAUAUCUUGCAAUUUUAGCUGCCAUACGAGACGUUUGCAAGCUUGUUGUCAAGGAAGUCACAAGCUGGGUGAUUUAUUCUGAUGAAGAUCGGAAGUUCAAUAAAGAUAUAACUAUUGGCCUCAUCCAUUACAAAUUACUUAACCUUGCUGAGUACAACGUUCAUCUUGCAAAGCUGAUAGAUGGGGGGAGGAAUAAAUCCGCUACGGAAUUUGCUAUCUCUCUUGUCCAGACUUUGGUCAUUCAUGAACCUGGCUUUAACUCGCUAGAGCUGUACAAUGUCAUUGAUGCCCUUGGAAAGUUGGCACUGAGGCCUGGGUCACCAGAGUCAUUGCGACAGCUGAUUGAAAUUGCAAGAAAUAACACAAACACUACAGCAUCACUUGUUGACUACACAGCUAACGAGGAAGAUAAGGCAAGACAACCUCGGGACAAAAAGGUCCUUUCCGGUCGUUCUUUGACAAAUAGAGAGGACCAUAUUGUUGCUGAAAUUUCUGCUGCAGAUCCUACUGAUUUCCGUGAGCAGAUUACUCAUCUUUUCUCUGAGUGGUGUCGAAUGUGCGAGAUCCCUGCUACAAAUGAUACAGCUUAUGAUCAUCACAUUUCACAGUUGCAUCAGCAUGGUUUACUGAAGGGUGACGAUACCACAGAUCGUUUUUUCCAUAUUCUAACGGAGCUUUGUGUUGUACAUUGUCUAGCUGGCGAGCAGAUAACUUCUCCUUCAACACUUCAAACAACUCAGCAAUAUCAGCUUUUAUCAUUUGCAGCAGUUGAUGCAUAUGAAAAGCUUGUAGUCUUAAUUUUAAAGUACCCUUCAGUUGAUCAAGCAUCAAGUAGAACUAUUCUUCUGUCCAAGAUUCUCUCAGCAAUUGUGAGAGUCAUCCAGAAAGAUGCAGAACAAAGGAAAUCCUAUUUCAAUCCAAGGCCGUAUUUUAGAUUGUUAGUCAACUGCCUUAUUGAUCUUAGCGGUCCUGAUGCUGGUUUUGAUGGUCCCAACCUUCAGGUUUUCGUUCUUUUCGCAAAUGCUUUCCAUGCAUUGCAGCCUCUCAAAGUUCCUGGCUUUAGCUUUGCAUGGCUUGAGUUGGUUAGCCACAGAACUUUCAUGCCAAAACUUCUCACUACCACUGCCCCAAAUGGUUGGCCAGUUUUCCAGCGCUUGCUCGUGGAUUUAUUCAAGUUCAUGGAGCCUUACUUGAGAAAUGCUGAGCUAGGAGAGCCGGUUCACUUUUUGUACAAGGGCACAUUAAGGGUGUUGCUUGUAUUGCUUCAUGAUUUUCCAGAAUUUCUGUGUGAUUAUCACUUCAGCUUCUGCGAUGUGAUUCCUCCUAGUUGCAUUCAGAUGCGGAAUCUUAUUCUAAGUGCUUUUCCACGCAAUAUGAGGCUUCCUGAUCCAUCUACUCCUAACUUAAAGAUCGAUCUUCUAGCUGAAAUCAGUCAGGCCCCCCGUAUUCUAUCUGAUGUUGAUGGUGCUCUGAAAGCAAAGCAGAUUAAGGCUGACAUAGAUGAGUAUCUACAGACAAGGCCAGAAGGAUCUACUUUUUUAUCUGAACUGAAGCAGAGAUUGUUUUUACCUUUAAAUGAAGCUAAUCUAGCAGGAACACGCUACAAUGUACCACUGAUCAAUUCGCUUGUUCUUUAUGUAGGAAUGCAGGCUAUUCAACAACUGCAGAGCAGGUCUGCUUCUCAGCAUGCACUGACACAGCAAAUGAUACAUAACUCUCCCAUGGACAUAUAUCUAGUGGGUGCUGCUAUCGACAUAUUUCAGAGUUUGAUUAAGAACUUGGAUUCUGAAGGUCGCUACCUCUUUCUGAAUGCUGUUGCCAAUCAAUUGCGCUAUCCAAAUAGCCAUACUCAUUUCUUUUCCUUUGUCCUGUUAUACUUAUUUGUGGAGGCUGGCCAGGUUUGUGUUGUCUUCUUUUCCUCAUUAUUUUGAAUUGCCUUCCAUUUC